AUGGGUGACCACGCGACUUUGAGCAACGACCCUGCUGCCAAUGCCCCCGAUGCCGCUUUCGCGGACAAGGGCAAGGGCAAGGCCCAGGACCCGACGCAGGAGCUGAGCAUGGACGAGGACGAGAGCGAGUCGGAGAGUGAGAAUGAGAUGGCUGACAACGACCUAAGCAUACUAUCUCUCCCUCUCUUUUCCUUUCUAACUGAUGUACUGACUGAUUUUCUCCCUGCUUCAGACGACGAGGAAGAUGAGAACCUCGAGCCCAUCUCCGCAAGCAACAUCAUCCAGGGUGGCCGACGCACCCGUGGCAAGGCCAUCGAUUACGCCGAGGUGGCCGAGAAGUCCAAGAGCGAGGGCGACGAGAUGGAAGAGGAUGACGAUGACGACGACUUCGAGGCUCCCGAUGACAACGACAACAACGAUGAUGACCAGAUGCGCGACUAA